UCUGUUUUCCAGGUAAUGAGCCUCAACUGUACCUUGUGGCAGGACAACAGUAUGUCUGUCAAAAGUUUUGCAUUUGCCAAAUUCUCUGAGAUCACCGAACAGUGUUUCCUUCUAUUUACUCUCAUCCUAUUCAUGUUCUUAGUGUCAUUGAUGGGCAAUGCUCUCAUAGCCUUUGCCAUCUGGACCAACCCAGUUCUCCACACCCCCAUGUACUUCUUUCUUGCUAACCUGUCUCUCCUGGAGAUUGGCUACACUUGCUCUGUCAUACCCAAGAUGCUGCAGAGCCUUGUGACUGAAGCUCGAGGGAUUACUCGGGAGGGUUGUGCCACACAGAUGUUUUUCUUCACAUUUUUUGCUAUCAGUGAGUGCUGUCUUUUGGCAGCCAUGGCUUAUGACCGAUAUAUGGCCAUAUGCUCCCCGUUACACUACGCAACACGAAUGAACCGUGGGGUGUGUGUCCAUUUGGCAAUGGUUUCUUGGGGGGUAGGAUGUCUGGUAGGUUUGGGACAGACCAAUUAUAUUUUCUCCUUGAAUUUCUGUGGCCCUUGUGAAAUAGACCACUUCUUCUGUGACCUCCCACCUAUCCUGACACUCGCUUGUGGGGAUACAUCCCAUAAUGAGGCUGCAGUUUUUGUUGUAGCAAUUCUCUGCAUUUCCAGCCCAUUUUUACUGAUCAUUGCUUCUUAUGGCAGGAUUUUAGCCUCAGUGCUGGUCAUGCCCUCACCCGAGGGCCGCCAUAAAGCUCUUUCCACCUGUUCUUCCCACCUACUUGUAGUAACACUUUUCUAUGGUUCAGGAUCCGUAACCUACUUGAGGCCUAAAGCUAACCAUUCACCAGGUAUUGAUAAACUCCUAGCCCUGUUCUAUACAGUAGUAACGUCCAUGCUCAAUCCCAUCAUCUACAGUUUACGGAACAAAGAAGUCAAAGCAGCUCUCCAGAGAACCCUGGGCAAGAAAAAUGUUUUGAUCCAUGGAUAG